AUGAAAUAUAAAACGAAUAACAAUGAUAUAUCAAUGCCAUUACCAAUACAAUUGCCAAAUAUUCAAUAUUUAAAACUUGAUGAAAAUUAUAGUCAUUAUCAAUUACAAACUUUACUUAAUAUAUCAUCUUGUUUAUAUACAUUAAGAUUUUUCUAUUCUAGUGAUUUAAAAAUAUCAUUUGAACAACUUAAAAGUACAUCGAUUCGUCGUCUGAAUUUUUUAACUAAAUAUUCAUCAAAUAUAAUACAUUUUUAUACUAUGGAAUGUAAGGCUUUGUCUAAUUCACAAAUUGGACGUCAAUGUGAAGUUCUUAUAAUGAAAGUUGAAAAUCGAACAAAUAUUUUAGAUCUUAUAAAAACAAUAAAUAAUCUUCGAUCAUUAAGUUUUCAAUGUAAAGAUGAUAAAUGGAGUAAUAAAGAUAUUUCAUCAAUGAAUGAUGAACUUGUUCAAUGGUUACGCAUGUGUUUACCAUUGACUUAUUCAAUAACAAAAGAUAAAAAUGAUGUAUUAAAUAUUCGAAUAUGGAUUAGUGAAAAUGAAAAGAAUCAAAUUUUAUCAUAA